ACAGAAGCACUCAAUGAAUCAGAAAAUCUCGCAUUACUUAACCGCCAGAGAAAUCUCAGACCUUCAUCACCACAUUUCACCAUCUACCAACCACAAUUAACUUGGUUGGCUUCAAUUGGACACAGAGUUACCGGCGUUGGUUUAUCUGCCGGUAUUUACGCUUUCGCGAUUGGCUACGUUACCCUUCCAUUUGUUGGUGCGGGCUUUGACAGCCAGUCGCUUAUCGAGCUCGUACAAUCAGCUCCUGUUUGGUUUAAAACACUCGUUAAAGCACCAGUAGCUGCUGCCUUCUCUUUCCACUCUUUGAAUGGUAUUAGACACUUGUUAUGGGAUACUGGCAAGUUCUUAACACUCAAAGGUGCCUAUCAAUCUGGAUACGCUGUUCUUGGCUUAUCAGCUAUUUCAACCAUUGGAAUGUUGUUACUCUAA